UAGGUUUUGCUGUUUCAAGUUUUAAUCCUUUUCACGUUUCCCAGUCUUUCACUGUUUGUCAAACUUUCUUCUCGGUUCCCACCUCCCUUUUGAAACUAUCUGAUUCACGAACAACAUGACUUUGUAACAGUUGUAUAACAGCAUUUGUUAGGGGAUAGGAAAUGAAGGCAUGGUUAACAAGUGUGUUGUUAUAUGUGCACCAGCACAAGACAAUGUGAAUGGACUAAGCUGUUACUCUUCUACUAGUCCGUCUUCUUCUUUAUCUUCAUAUUCUCCUGGUUGUUCAAUAGGGAUGGCUUUUCCAGACAUGGGUUCACUUUCUCUUGGUCCAAACUAUAGUAUUGAAGGCUCAAGUGUGUCUCACUUACAGGAAAGAGAAAGAGCUUCUUGGGGUUUUCCUUUCAUGGGGAGCUGCAAAACAAGGUGCUUUGGUGAAAACCAUAGCUCUGGUGUUGUGGAAGGUCAAGGCUCUGAUUGCAGUGAUAGGACCAUUAAUCUGAACGCCAAUUUAAAUGAGAACUCCAAUGAGAAUGCUGUAAGUGGCAAGGAAACAGAUAGUGUACAGUCUAAGCUUUGUGCCAGAGGCCACUGGAGGCCUGCAGAAGAUACUAAGCUCAAGGAACUCGUAGCUCUUUAUGGCCCUCAGAACUGGAACCUUAUAGCUGAGAAGUUGGAAGGAAGAUCAGGUAAGAGCUGCAGGCUAAGAUGGUUUAACCAAUUGGAUCCUAGGAUCAAUAGAAGAGCGUUUACUGAAGAAGAAGAAGAGAGUCUAAUGCAAGCACAUAGACUCUAUGGUAACAAAUGGGCAAUGAUAGCGAGGCUAUUCCCUGGAAGGACUGAUAAUGCAGUCAAGAACCAUUGGCAUGUGAUUAUGGCUAGGAAGUAUAGAGAACAAUCGAGUGCCUAUAGGAGGAGGAAGCUGAGUCAAUCUGUUUACAAGAGGAUGGAAGAAGCUAAAGCUGAACCACCAGCCCCAUACUGUCUCGCCAUCCCCAAUAGAAGGCUUGACACUAUCUCCCACUACCAAUUUGGAACCUUCAAUGGUGGUUCUGAUGCUGGGGUUAAUGGUUGCUCAAAAGUUUCAACCCACAUGACCAGCGAGGUCCCUCAGUAUGAUGGGUUUUCUGUACAACAAGCAACUUUUGAUUUCUUCCCUGGUCUCAAGAGCAAUGACAUGAUGGGUAUGUUCAGCCAGACCAGAUCUUGGGAUAGGCCCAUAGACGAACCCCAAUGCUAUGGUUUGUAUCCCCAGCACCACAACCACCACUUCCACAGUACCUCAGCACCAACAGCACAAAUCUCAGGCAGUGAGCUUUUACCACUAGUAGCAGCAACCAGUAGCAACCACUAUGAGACAGUUACACCCCAUUUCAUCGAUUUUCUUGGAGUAGGAGCAAUAUGAAAAGUUUUAGAAAA